CUAAGCCUCUCUUCUUCCUCUUCUUCCUCUUCUCUCCAAAAACCAGAAAAUUCUCCGGAAUAACUUUUAAUCACGAGAGCGGUAGAUAGAGUUUUUCCAAAUCCGAGAAACAGACAAAACACCCAGCUUAGAUUCUCAAGUUAUGUCCCUCUCCAAAAGUUUUUAUUUUCUCUUAAUAUAGCAAAGAGAACAAAACAGAGUACUCUGCUCUAUAAAUUUCGUUCCUUUAUUACUCUGCUCUAUAAAACAGAGUACUCUGCUAUAUAAAUGAGCUAAAAAAAUAAGUUCAGAAAGACAAGAAUGGCUGCCUUAAGAGUCACGUUACUUGUUCUUCUCUCAAUCUUUUUUUCAGCUCCACCAACUGUUUUAGGAAAUGCAGAGCUGAAAGCUUUAAUGGAGCUCAAAUCGUCGCUUGACCCUGAGAACAAGCUUCUCCGAUCAUGGACGUUUAACGGCGACCCUUGUGACGGAUCUUUCGAAGGAAUCGCCUGUAACCAGCACCUGAAAGUCGCAAACAUAUCGUUACAAGGGAAACGUUUGACCGGAAAAUUGUCUCCGGCAGUUGCAGAGCUCAAAUGUUUGUCAGGUCUUUACUUGCAUUACAAUAGUCUCUCUGGAGAGAUACCUCAAGAAAUCACGAAUCUCACUGAAUUAUCAGAUCUUUAUCUCAAUGUUAAUAACUUCUCCGGCGAGAUUCCGGCAGAGAUUGGCUCCAUGGCUGGCUUGCAAGUUAUGGAUCUUUGCUGCAACAGCCUAACAGGGAAGUUACCAAAUGGCAUUGGAACUUUGAAGAAACUAAAUGUGUUGUCUCUGCAACACAACAAACUAACCGGAGAGGUUCCUUGGAGUUUGGGAAACUUGAGUAUGUUAAACAGGCUUGAUUUGAGCUUCAACUAUCUGUUAGGUCUAAUCCCAAAAACCCUAGCCAACAUUCCUCAGUUGGAUACUCUAGACUUGCGAAACAAUACUCUCUCUGGCUUUGUACCUACUGGUCUCAAGAAGUUGAAUGGAAGAUUCCAGUUUGAGAACAACACUGGAUUAUGUGGUAUUGAUUUCCCUUCUUUGAGAGCUUGUUCUGCUUUCGACCAAGCAAAUAUUGAAUUCAAGCAGCCUCCAGGUGAAAUAGACACUGAUAAAUCAAGUCUUCACAACAUUUCUGAGUCUGUAUAUCUCCAGAAGCAUUGCAAUCAAACACAUUGCCAUAAAUCCUCAUCAAAACUCGCUCAAGUUGCGUUGAUUUCAAGCGUGAUUACCGUCACUAUAACAUUGAUUGGUGCCGGUAUAUUAACCUUCUUUCGCUACAGAAGAAGGAAACAAAAGAUUAGUAACACACCAGAGUUUUCCGAGGGAAGACUAAGCACCGAUCAACAAAAAGAUUUCCGCGCAUCGCCUCUCGUGAGUCUUGCCUACACUAAAGAAUGGGAUCCGCUUGGAGAUAGCAGAAAUGGAGCUGAGUUCUCACAAGAGCCUCAUCUCUUUGUUGUUAAUAGUAGCUUCAGGUUUAACUUAGAGGACAUUGAAUCUGCAACACAAUGCUUCUCAGAAGCUAAUCUGAUGAGCAGAAACAGCUUCACCUCAGUGUUCAAAGGAGUCCUCAGAGAUGGUUCUCCUGUAGCUAUCAGGAGCAUCAACAUAAGCAGUUGCAAGAAUGAGGAAGUCGAAUUCAUGAACGGUUUGAAGCUUUUAUCUUCACUGUCACACGAAAACUUAGUAAAGCUACGCGGAUUUUGCUGUUCUAGAGGCAGAGGAGAGUGUUUCCUCAUCUAUGAUUUUGCUUCAAAAGGAAAGCUUUCAAAUUUUCUUGAUUUACAAGAACAAGAAACUAAUCAUGUUCUUGAUUGGUCUGCAAGAGUCUCCAUCAUCAAAGGGAUUGCAAAAGGUAUUGCUUACUUACAUGGAAGUGAUCAACAGAAGAAGCCUACAAUAGUUCAUCGAAACAUAUCUGUCGAGAAAAUCCUGCUCGAUGAGCAGCUCAACCCGCUAAUUGCAGAUUCGGGAUUACACAACCUUUUAGCAGAUGAUAUGGUCUUCUCAGCACUCAAAACAAGUGCAGCAAUGGGAUAUUUAGCUCCUGAAUAUGUCACAACCGGAAAAUUCACCGAGAAAACCGACAUUUUCGCCUUUGGAGUCAUCAUACUCCAGAUAAUCUCUGGGAAGCUCAUGCUUACAAGCUCACUGAGAAUUGCAGCUGGGAAUGGAGAACUCAACGGGUUCAUCGAUGAAUAUCUCCGUGAAGCGUUCGAUAAACCAGAGGUGGUUGCAAUGGCGAGGAUUGGGAUAAGCUGUACACAAGAGAUACCAAACAAUAGGCCUGAUAUAGAGACAUUGCUUCAGGAGAUGAACUGUAUGAGGAAAGAGUGAAUGAGUCUGUUUUGUAGUUAGUAAGUUUGUUUUUGAGUUGUAGUAUAAUUCUCCGGUUAAAUAGUAUGUUUGGAUUUUGUUUGUUUUGUCUAUCUCCACCAAGAACCGGGUCGGUUUAUAAAUUGAA